CCAUUGUUGCACUAACACAGGAGCCAGAGGGUCACACAACAUCAGAAGAGGACCAAACUGAGUAAUACACCAUGAAAUACUCAUUGCUCUGGUCAGCCAUACUUGUGCUUCUCUCCUCAGGUGUCUGCCAUGGAGCCGGUGUCAUCACUGUUGACGUCCUUCGCGGGACAGCAGGGGGGAGCGUGACCUUCACGACAUCUGUAAAACCGACCGCAGAGCCGUUCCUGGCACUGACCUGGAGCUUCAACGGCACCAUCAAUGUGAUCACUUCGGCCGGUGUGGACAUCGUGGGACAAGGCUACGAGAACCGGAUUGAAGUGGAUAAAUCUACUGGAUCUCUGGUGCUAAAAAAUGUGACAGAGAAAGACGCAGGAGAAUACGAGUUGAUCAUCAUCCCAAAUGGAGGAGAGCAGAUUCAAGGAACUGCCCAGCUGGAAGUAGUGAUGCCGGUCUCCAGUGUAACGGUGACACCGAGCAGCAGCACAGACCUGGUGGAGUUCAACAGCUCCAUCCGUCUGUCCUGCUCCGCCUCUGGAUCCUCCCUCUCGUUCCUCUGGCUGAACGGCAGCUCUACAAUCACAGCUGGCGACAGAGUCAAUGUCACCGAUGGAGGCUCCGUUCUCACUAUAGUCAAUGUGACCCGUUAUGAUCAGGGACCAUUCAGGUGUCACGUGUCCAAUUCUGUCAGUAACAGCUCCAGUGACCCAGUCAACCUCUCUGUCAGCUAUGGCCCAGAAAACCUCAAUGUAACACUUAAUCCGCCACAAGAAUACCACGAGGCAGGGUCAAACAUAAGCCUGUCCUGCUCAGCUGUCUCCAGACCCGCUGCUCUGUAUCACUGGUUCCUGAAUGGAGACAAACUGUCUGACACUGACCCGGAGCUCAGACUGAUCAACGUCCAGGAGAGUCAGAGUGGAAACUACAGCUGUCAGGCCUUUAACAACAAAACUCAGAGAUCUCAAACAGCUCACGGGACAGCUGUAACUGUACUGGUUCCAGUGUCUAAUAUAGAGGUGAACGCCAGCGGCACCAUCAUGUUUGAGUUCAACAGCUCCGUCCGUCUGUCCUGCUCCUCCUCUGGAUCCUCCCUCUCCUUCCUCUGGAUGAACGGCAGCUCGGAGGUCACGGCCAGCGACAGAGUUCAGCUCGCAAAUGGAAACUCCUCUCUCCUCAUACAUAAUGUGACCCGUUAUGACCAGGGACCCUUCAGGUGUCGCGUGUUUAAUCCUGUCAGUAAUGGCACCACUGAUCCAGUCAACCUCCUCAUCAUCUUGGGCCCAGAAAACAUUAAUCUGACAGUAUCUCCAUCACAAGAAUACCACGACGAGGGGUCGGACGUCGGCCUGACGUGCUCAGCUGUCUCCAGACCAGCAGCCCUGUAUCACUGGUUCCUGAAUGGAAACAGACUGCCUGAUACUGGACCAGAGCUCAAAUUGAUCAACAUCCAUUUGAGUCAGAGUGGAAACUACAGCUGUCAGGCCUUUAACAACAAAACCAUGAGAAGUCAAACAUCUCAGCCUGUUGUUUUAACUGUACUGACAUCUAACGUCUCCGAUGUGGUGAUAACUCCCAACACCACAGACUUGAUUGAGUUCAACAGCUCCAUCCGUCUGUCCUGCUCCUCCUCUGGAUCCUCCCUCUCUUUCCUCUGGCUCAACGGCAGCUCGGAGGUCACGGCCAGCGACAGAGUUCAGCUCACAGACGACGGCGCCGCUCUCACUAUAGUAAACGUGUCCCGCUACGACCAGGGACCGUUCAGGUGUCACGUGUUCAACAGUUUCAGUAAUUCCACAAGUGAUCCGGUGAAACUCUCCAUCAGCUUCGGCCCAGAAAAUAUUAAUCUGAAGCUGUUUCCAUCACAACAAUACUAUGAAGAAGGAUCAGAUUUAAAGCUGCUCUGCUCAGCUGUGUCCAGACCUGCAGCCACGUAUUACUGGUUUCUGAAUGGAGAGAGGCUGUCAGCCACUGGACCAGAGCUCCAACUGGUUAAGAUUGAGCAGAGUCACAGUGGAAAAUACAGCUGUCAUGCCUUUAACAGCAAAACUCUGAGAUAUAAAUCAUCUGACCCUGCAGUUGUGUCGAUACUGGUGCCGGUCUCCAACAUCACAGUAACACAGAGCAGCAGCAGCACAGAUUUGUUGGAGUUCCACAGCUCGGCCAGUCUGUCCUGCUCCUCCUCUGGAACCUCCCUCUCCUUCCUCUGGCUGAACGGCAGCUCGGAGGUCACAGCCAGCGACAGAGUUCAGCUCACUGAUGCAAACUCCACUCUCACUAUUUUCAAUGUGACCCGCUACGACCAGGGACCAUUCAGGUGCAACGUGUCCAACGGCGUCACUAGUGAAAUCAGCCAGUCAGUGAAACUUAUCAUCCAAUAUGGACCUGACAACGUGAACAUUGUUGGACCCACAUCUACACACGCUGGAGUUAUUACGAUGCUCUACUGCUCCACUGUAUCUGUUCCACCGGCAAAGUUCACCUGGCUGUUUCACGGAAAACCAACAGCUGUACAAGAGGCUGUGUACGUCAUACAAUCAAGCCAAAUAUCAGACGGUGGGACGUACACCUGCACGGCUGAGAAUACUGUGACAGGGCAGAGUCAGACAGUGCACCACGAUUUAACUGUCACCGAUGUCACAGACUGUGACUGCUCAGCUGCUGCUGCUAAAGUUGCCAUCUUAACAGCUGGGUGUUCUCUCAUAAUUAUGGUUAUGAGCGGAAUAAUCGUGUUCUGUCUGGUGAAGAGGAGAAGCAAUUAUCCAGCACACCAAAAACAUAAAUUAAGUAUGAAGGUGAAGCAUUCAGACGUGUACAAGAUCACAGGAACAAUGAAAGAAAGCAAUUCAUAGUCCUUCAACGAAUUUAAAUCUGAAAACAGCUGAUGAUU